AUUCACCUCUGUCAGUUGUCAGCUGUUUAUCAGUCGUGUGAAAAAUCUUUUUUAUUUAAAAAUUUAAAAAAGUGCAAAAACCCCGGGAUAAACAAUUAAUUGGAGUGCGGAAAAGGGCAGCCCAGGAUUAGUCGAAACUCGCGUCGUUUUGGUUCUUUUAGUUUUCCUUAAACCACUUUGCUUUGCGCUCUGUCAGGCAUUUCAUUUUCGAUUUCCAUUCGUGGCCCAAGUGAUUAUCAGCAGGGGAUUAUGGAUAUUCUGAGGAAAAUGUUCAAGACCGAGGCGGAAAAGGAGCCGGACUCUUCGAUUUCCGCUUCCAAUAAGGACGAGUUCCGGAAGCCCCAGUGGUUCGAGGAGGCCGAGACCGAUGACGAACUGUUCGACGACGAUCGCAAGUUCGCCUUCCAGGUCUUCACCAGUCCGCUGGAGAUGCAGAAGCACUUCGAGAGCCAGCUGCAGAGGCUGCUGGAGUCCCUGAACGAUAGUGAUGAAGGCUUUGAGCGUGACUUGAAAGAGGACUUCCUAAAGCCGGGCUUCGAGAGCAAGAUUCUGAAGAAGUUUGAGCAGCAGAAGGACCUAUCCCUGGAUACCGAUCUGGAUGGCGAAAUCUAUGCCGAUCAGUUGCACUCGCUCAUCCAGCGGUUGAAUCCCGAGGAGAAGAUUGAGCUAGGCGACCAGGAGAUAGGCCAUAUCUUGCCAUCCAAUCAGCAUGGCUAUCGCAAGGGCUAUCAGAGAGCCAAGCUCACGGACGAGGAGAUCAUCAUGGGCCGGAUCCAUGGAACCAUAGCCGAUGGCGAGAACCAGUCGGAUGCUCGUCCGCCACGUCCGCCGAUGAACAACAAGCCGGACAUCAUGACGCCCAUGACCCCGAUGUUGCCGCGCAGUGGAAUGUCUCCCUUCGGUGGGGUAUUCGAUGGCAACUAUCAGGGUCCCAAGCUGUUCAGCCAGAGCGUUAUGACCAAGACGGUGCGCAAGCCGGAUGGCACCUAUGAGACCACCAAGGUGACCCAGGACUCGUCCGGUCACAAGACCACCACCAUAACCAGGAUGAUAGACGGUCGCAAGGAGACCACUGUCACCCACGAUGGCGGGGAUCCUUCCCUCGGAAUGGGUGGAAAGCAACAGCUGCAGCAGAGGCAGCAGCAGCUGCAGCUGCAGCAGAAGGAGAUGGCGGUGGCCCGUGGCGAACGCAACAUAUUCGUGACAAAAGAAGGCUACGCCAUGCCACGGAACCUCUGGUGACCAGUGGUGAACAACUAUUGCCCCAAUCAAGACAAGCGAUCUCUGCUGCAGCAACAGAAACACCAGCAACAGUAUGAUGAUAGGCUAAAGCGAUUCGUCGGCAACAUAGUCCCGCAUCCACACAACAUCCAAAUUAGAACCUACUACAUUUUAGUUUACAUUCUCCUUAGUGUUUGGUGUUUUAGAUGAAACGCACUUGAGACAACAGAUGACGACGACGAUUAUUGACCAUGAUUUUAUUGACCAGCGAUCGCGCGAGAUCAGCUGGGCAUAUAUAUUAUGUGAGACAGGCGCACCACCCGGCGGCGCCGCACUCUUUCAGUUCCCAGAUCCAGGGCUCCUCUCUGCAGGCCAAGGUUCGGACUCCUCCGAUUCGAUGGAGAUGGAGUUUUGGCUGCCGGAGAUGAUGGCUCGUGUUGAGCGGUGCGAACGUGUGAUUUUCAGUUUUGCGAGCAGCAAGGAGCAGGCCAGCCGGAUUGGAUGGAUGGAUGGGGUCACAAUCCCCUAGAGCGCUGGCAUCCAAAACGAACGGAACAACCAACCAACAAAUGAUCGCCGAAACGGCGGCAGUUAUUGUAUUAUUGUAUUGAUUCUUCGUGUUACUAUCUGUGUCUCAAUGCUGCGAUCGUCAGCAUCUAAAGUGCCCGUAGUGAUUUAACAGCGCGAAAAAAA